AUGCCGAUCGUGGACAAACUCAAGGAGGCGCUGAAGCCCAGUCGAAAGGAGUCUGGCGACGACAGCGACCUGAACAAGCUCUUGGCGUCGUCGGCCAAAAAGGUGCUCCUGCAGAAGAUCGAGUUCGAGCCCGCCACCAAGGGCUUCUCCUACCAGCUGGACAGCUUGAAAAACAAAUACGUGAUCCUCAAUCCCAGGAAUGAGGGCGCCGCCGGGCAGAAGGUGGCCGAGCUCCCCCAAAUCAAGAGGCAAGUUUCAGACAACACCAUCGGGGGCCAGGGUGACGGCAUUGCCGCGCCGCAGAAAAUGCUUUUCCCGCCCAACAAGCUGACACUCAAGUGGGAGCGGGUGUACAGGGUGGGAGCCGGCCUCCAAAACCUCAGCAAUACCUGCUUCCUCAACUCCACCGUGCAGUGUCUCACCUACACGCCGCCGCUCGCCAACUACCUGCUCUCCAAGGAGCACAGUCGCGUCUGCCACCAGUCAGGCUUCUGUAUGAUCUGCGUCAUGCAGAACCACAUCAUCCAGACGUUUGCCAACACGGGCAACGCCAUCAAACCAGUGUCCUUCAUCCGAGACCUGAAAAAAAUCGCCCGACAUUUCCGCUUCGGUAACCAGGAGGACGCGCACGAGUUCCUGCGGUACACCAUUGACGCCAUGCAGAAAGCCUGUCUCAACGGCUACCCAAAGCUCGACAGGCAAACGCAAGCCACAACGCUAGUGCACCAGAUCUUUGGAGGUUAUCUGCGGUCAAGAGUAAAAUGUUCCAUUUGUAAAAGUGUGUCGGACACUUACGACCCUUACCUGGACAUCGCUGUGGAGAUACGGCAAGCUGUGAACAUUGUGCGAGCCUUGGAACUCUUUGUAAAACCUGAUGUUUUGAAUGGCGAAAACGCCUACAUGUGCGCCAAGUGCAAAAAGAAAGUGCCAGCGACAAAACGGUUCACCGUCCAUCGAGCGUCAAAUGUGCUGACGCUUUCCCUCAAGAGAUUCGCCAACUUCAGUGGAGGGAAAAUAACAAAGGACGUUGGCUAUCCCGAGUUCCUCAACAUUCGGCCCUACAUGUCUCAGAGCUCGGGCGAUCCGGUUACAUAUGGUCUCUAUGCUGUUCUGGUUCACUCGGGCUACAGCUGCCACGCCGGACACUAUUACUGCUACGUCAAGGCAAGCAAUGGACUAUGGUACCAGAUGAAUGACUCCAUAGUGCACUCCAGUAACAUCAAGGUGGUCUUGAACCAGCAGGCUUACGUGCUUUUCUACUUGAGGAUGCCCGAAACCAAGAAGAAUGCGGAUGCUCACACUAGCAAACAGGGCAUGAUGAAUUCUGGGAAGAACAGCGCUUCGUCAGAGCAAAUCAAGCGGGUCAACUUGAACGGGCCGCUCUCCUCCCCGCAGGUCACAAAGAAACUGGAGCCGGCACAGCUGCGUAAGAUCCAGUCCAUGGACGGCGGUUUGGGCCUUCCGGUUGCCAGAAACGGCGUGAGCAUUCAGCCACCUCCGCCGCAGCCCCGACUCUCGGGCUGGACGUUGUCCACGAACGGCGGCGCCAAGCUUCCCGGCGGACCCGCGGUGAUCGAGGAACCCUUCAAAAAGCUGAAGAAACCAUCUCCUCAGAACCAGUCGCGCUGCGUUACGCCCACGCCGGCCAACAAUGGCGUCGGAGACAGAAAACAAGAUGGCAACAAAGGCCUCACUCCAUCUACCUCAUUCAAGUCCCUCUCUGACUCUUCGUCCGCUGACACUUCGGAGUCGAAGGAUACGGCAGGUCCUAAAAGCGCGCCGGCGGGAGGGGCUCCCCCUAGCCCUUGCAAAACCUCCAGCAGAACGGCGUCUCCAGCUAAGAGCGUGGAAGAACAGAAGCCGAAGCCCCCGACCCUCAGCAACGUUGCGUCGGAAGCCAGCGGCAGUGCCAUGUCGCCGCCCCCCGCCAAGAAGCUAGCGCUGUCAGCCAAGAAGGCUCGCAGCCGGAGUCCGAGCAGCAUUGAUACUCCGCAACGACCGUCCGGCGACCCCCCUCAUCCAAAUCACCUUAACCACCUCGCCGUCUCGCCUAACACUCACAGAGCUUCACCCCAUUCCCCGAAAAAGGACUCACCUCAGAAACGAUCGCUUCCGGCCACGCCGCCCGUCAGCCCCUCUCUGAACGGCUUCCACCGUCCCGAGCUCAAGAACCCCGAGUCCUCCCGCCGACCCCGAGAAGAAUCCAGCAGCCCUCAGACUCCAAACCUCAACCAAAAGAAAAAGCGGAGAAAGAAGCGUCCCGGCUCCGAGGCGGACGUCCCGGCAGCCGAUGUGCGGAAGAAAAAGAAAAGGCGAAAGAGGGAGCGAGAAGACGGAGAGACGCCCGCGCCGAGAGAAAGCGUCCCGUCCCAUCUGGAUCCGUCCCAGCACGAAGAGGAGGAUUGGUGCCAGGGCGGCGCGUGGAGCCUCACCUCUUGUACAGAAACCGAGGAAUCCCACCGCAAAGAAAAUGCCGCCGUGGAGGAAACGUGUCCAACCAACGGGAACCUGCGUGUAAAGAAGAGCAAGAAGAAGAAGAAGAAGAAAAAGAAGAUUGUGAUGACUGGAGAUUCGCAAGACCUAAACUCGCAAUGUGUUGGAUCAGAGAGCAAGACCGAUUCCGAUCCGAGCGGCGAUCUCAAGCUCACAAGGAAAGUGAAGAAGAAGAAGAAAAAGAAAAGGCUGAAAGAAGAGGUGGAAGACGAGCGUCAAUCGCUCUCGGACGGGCGUAUCGGUGACGUGGCGGAACCCCCACCCAAAAAGAUCACUGCAGGGGGUGAAAAGCCAUUGAUGCCGAGCGAAGCCUCGGUGGUGGUUUGGGACAGCCAGGUGAAGGACGGUUAUAAGCGUCGUAGGCUGGCGGAGGGUGACUUGUCUGGAGAAGCCCCCGCCCGGGUGUGCUGGGAUGGCAAAAAAAGCAGCGACGUGGUGCAGGCGCUGCUCCAGAACGCCUCAGACAAAGCAUACGGCGCCACCGUCCUUAGUUGGGACGGCGAGGUCUCCGCCGUCAGUCAAGACGCCAUCCGCGACGUCCGCCGCGCCGGGUCCGAAACUGUGAUCGACGAGUGGGACGAAGAAUUCGACACCGGCAAGGUGAGACGAGCCCGCGUACGAGAGUAAAUCAAAAUGCUAACUUUGACGGCGUCAGGUCAAGAAAACAAAGAGCUUCAAGAGGGAGAGGCGGCGAAGCGGCAGCAGCAUCUUCCAGAAGAUCCAAGACCGCCGCAACAAGUGGUCCUUCACGCUCGGCGCAAAGCGAGCGUUGGCCGGGCGCCGCUGACACUUUGGGACUGGAAAUGA